UAUCCAGCGAAUAUUGCAGCAAAAUCGUAAACAAAUGUCUAAUUUAAAGUUUGGUCUGAUAUAUCCUAAUACUAUGCUAGCUGAAUGUCUGUAAUCGUUCAUUCAAAAGCUGGAUCAAACACCGGUUGAGGAUUGAUAUCGCGCACGGGAACUGACGUCAUCAUUGUUUUUCGCGUCUCAAAAAAAAGUGAAAGCAGAUAUUCAGAGUUGAUGUUUCUGCAUUUAAACAGCUAGAAUCGAUUCUAUACGGAAUAUCAAAGUGUUUCAUAAGAACUUUUAUCAAAGCUAAGCCACGAUUUACGUGUAGCUGCUUCAUAGAAAUGCGGUGGACUUUGUGAAUAUGUGUAAAUAAGGUGAGUGCUCAUGCUCAGGUGCUUUACAGAGUCAGUGCUGCAGAUCAGAUUCUGUUUCAUCAUGGAGGACACACAAACAUCCACAGAUCAAGAGUUUUCUCCAGGAUGCAGUUCAGUUCAGCAGAAGAGAUCAGAAGCAGAGCCCAGCUGUGUGUCUAUGAAGAGUGAUUGGUCUAUGGAUCGUCCAGUAGUGUUUACGAGGGGAGAUACAAAGACUAAUCUCAGUUCAGUUCAGCAGAAGAGAUCAGAAGCAGAGCCCAGCUGUGUGUCUAUGAAGAGUGAUUGGUCUAUGGAUCGUCCAGUAGUGUUUACGAGUGGAGAUACAAAGACUGAUCUCAGUUCAGUUCAUCAGAAGAGAUCAGAAGCAGAGUCCAGCUGUGUGUCUAUGAGGAGUGACGUGUCUGUGAAUCAGUCAUUAGAUUAUAAGAGUGAAGAUACAAAGACUGAUCUCAGGCAUGAAGUCCUCAACAGGUUUAGAUCAAAUCUGAUGAAGAAGUUUGAGCGUCUGUAUGAGGGAACAGCGACGCAGGGAAACCCAACACUCCUGAAUGAGAUCUACACAGAGCUCUACAUCACAGAGAGUGAGAGUGGAGAGAUCAGUAAUGAGCAUGAGGUGAGACAGAUUGAGAUGCAGUCCAGCAGAGCAGCAACAGAGGACACAGCCAUCAAAUGCAGUGACAUCUUUAGACCUUUACCUGGACAAGACAAAGCCAUCAGAACUGUGCUGACAAAGGGAGUCGCUGGCAUUGGAAAAACAGUCUCUGUGCAGAAGUUCAUCCUGGACUGGGCUGAAGGGAAAGAGAAUCAGGACGUCCAGCUCAUAUUUCCACUUCCUUUCAGAGAAAUCAACUUGAUGAAGGACAAAACACUCAGUCUUUCAGAUCUUCUUCAAGUAUUUUUCCCUGAAACUAAAGAAAUGGAAAUAUCCAGUGAUGAAUAUAAAGUGUUGUUCAUCUUUGAUGGUUUGGAUGAGUGUCGUCUGUCUCUGGAUUUUCAGAGCGAUGUGAGGUUGUGUGAUGUAAGUGAAUCAGCCUCAGUGGACAUGCUGCUGAUGAACCUCAUUGUGGGGAAUCUGCUUCCCUCUGCUCUUAUCUGGAUCACCUCCAGACCAGCAGCAGCUGAUCUCGUCCCCUCUGAGUGUGUCCAUCGAGUGACAGAGGUACGAGGCUUCAAUGAGCCACAGAAGGAGGAAUACUUCAACAAGAGAAUCAGUGAUCAGACUAUGGCCUAUAGGAUCAUCUCACACCUGAAGUCAUCAAGAAGCCUCUACAUCAUGUGCCACAUUCCAGUGUUCUGCUGGAUCUCAGCCGCUGUUCUGGAGAUGAUGUUGAGUCCAGAAGAGAUUGGAGAGAUUCCCAAGACUCUCACUCAAAUGUACACACACUUCCUGAUCCUUCAGACCAACAUCAAACAUGAGAAGCACUAUGAGAAGAAGGUGACAGAUGAAGACAUGAUCCUCAAACUGGGGAAAGUGGCUUUUCAGCAGCUUGUGAAAGGAAACCUGAUCUUCUAUGAUGAAGAUCUGAGAGAAUGUGGCAUUGAUGUGACAGAAGCUUCAGUGUAUUCGGGGUUGUGCACUCAGAUCUUCAGAGAGGAGUUGGGCUUGUAUCAGGGGAAAGUCUUCUGCUUUGUUCAUCUGAGCAUUCAGGAACAUCUAGCAGCUCUAUAUGUGCACCUCUCCUGGACCAACAACAACAUAAAUGUGUUUGAGCCAAUCAAGAAACAGAGUUUGUGGUCUAAAGUUAAGGACUGGUUUCUGCUCAAUUCAUCAGAACAUGUUUCAUUAUCUGAGCUGCAUCAGAGAGCUGUGGAUGAGGCUCUACAGAGUAAAAAUGGACAUCUGGAUCUUUUCCUGCGGUUCCUUCUGGGUUUGUCAGUGGAGUCUCAUCAGAUUCUCCUACAACAAAUAAUGACACUGAAAAGAAGCAGCUCUGACAGCAAUGAGAAAACAGUUGGGUACAUCAAGAAGAAGAUCAGGACCAUUGACUCUCCAGAGAAAUCCAUCAAUCUGUUCCACUGUCUGAAUGAACUGGGUGAUCAUUCACUAGUGGAGGAAAUACAACAGUAUCUGACAUCUGGGAGAAUAAAUGAAACUGAACUCUCUUCAUCUCAGUGGUCAGCUGUAGUUUUUGUGUUGUUAAUAUCAGAAGAGGAACUAAAUGAGUUUCGUCUUGAUAAAUUUGUUAAAGAAAAGAAUAAGUCUAAAAAUAUGGAAAUUCUUCAGAAGCUGCUGCCUGUGAUUAAAGAAUCCAGAUCAGUUCAGUUGAGUUAUUGUGGUGUCACAGUUGAAGGUUGUGCUGCUCUGGCUUCAGCUCUGAGAUCAAACCCCUCACACCUGAGACACCUGGAUCUUUCUGGGAAUAAACUUGGAGAUUCAGUGAAUCUGCUGUCUGAUGUACUACAAAAUCCUCACUGUAAACUGGAGAAACUGUGGUUGAAUUAUUGUGGCAUCGCAGAUGAAGGUUGUUCUACUCUGGCUUCAGAUUUGAGAUCAAACCUCUCACACCUGAGAGAACUGGAUCUGUCUCUGAAUAAACUAGGAGAUUCAGGAGUGAAGUGUCUCUGUGCUGGACUGAAGGAUCCUCACUGUAAACUGGAGAAACUGUGGUUGUAUGAUUGUGGCAUCACAGAUGAAGGUUGUUCUGCUCUGGCUUCAGCUCUGAGAUCAAACCCCUCACACCUGAGAGAACUGAGACUGUCUGAGAAUAAACUAGUAGAUUUGGGAGUGAAUCGUCUCUGUACUGGACUGGAGGAUCCUCACUGUAAACUGGAGAUACUGUGGUUGAGUAAGUGUGGUGUCACAGAUGAAGGUUGUGCUGCUCUGGCUUCAGCUCUGAGAUCAAACCCCUUACACCUGAGAGAACUGAAUCUGACUGGGAAUAAACUAGGAAAAUCAGUGAAUCUGCUCUCUGAUGUACUACAAAAUCCUCACUGUAAACUGGAGAAACUGUGGUUGAGAGAUUGUGGCGUCACAGAUGAAGGUUGUUCUGCUCUGGCUUCAGCUCUGAGAUCAAACCCCUCACACCUGAGAGAACUGAGCCUGUCUCUUAAUAAACCAGGAGAUUCAGGAGUGAAGCGUCUCUGUGCUGUACUGGAGGAUCCUCGCUGUAAACUGGAGAAACUGUGGUAAGAUUAUAUAUGACACACUGUAAAAUAUUUGUGAAGUGAAAAACAAAUCACCCAAAAAGCCAGAAAACACAAUAGCUGUGUCUGAAAUCGUUCACUAAUCCCUACAUAGUGUACAGCAGUUGAGUGGACUAUAUCAGAAAGGAGUGAACGGAUUCGGACGGUGACGUAUACACUGCGCUUCAGACUUAAAGCUGUUGAAAAA